AAUUCUUCAGUUUCUUUUAGUGGUUUGACCGUGUACUUAAAUAUAAUUAAUAGCAAUGAAAUUAUUUAUUUGCUUGAGUAUAAUUUUUUAUUUAACCGAAAAAAGUUUUUGUUGGCGCGUAGGUGAAAUAAAAUACUGGCUUCCGAACUUGGAUUGGGCAACACCAAGCAAUUGGGUGAAUGAUAUUAAACCAGAUGUAAAUAGUCGAGUUGUAUUUCCUUUAGAGAUUCAUCACUCAGUUGGACUUCCGUCAAAUUCACUUUUACAGCUUGCGGGCAUUGAAUUACCGCGCGAUGGAUCUAUUUUACUUUCCCGCAACGGUAAUUUAGAGUUAAGUGUCAGUGAAAAAAAUAAUAAAGAUAAUAAAAUUUCAACAUGGAAAUUAAAAGGGCCAUUUUAUUGGGUUGAUCCUGAUAAUUGGAGUAAUUCAAAUAAAGCGAUACCACAUUUUGAAAGAGUUCCUUGUUCAAUGGAUACUGUUGUAUUGCCAGAUAUAAAUCAUUCAUUAAGUAUAAGAUUUCCCAAUGUUAAUGUCAAAGUUAAGGAAAUUAAAACAUCCGAUGAUGAGACAAUUGAUGAAUGGCGUUGGCACACAUUGAUGAGUGGCAGAGAGUUUCAAAAUAGUCCACACACUGUUGGUUAUAGCGGCUUGCAAUAUUGUGAAACAGAAUGUAUUUGUAAACCAGACAAUGCUGAAGAACUAUUGAAUGAAAUUUGCAUAAUUGAAACCCCGAGAUGUGAAAAGCGUGCAUGUGAAUUUCCAUUACCGUUAGAAGAUCACUGCUGUGAUUACUGCGGGGGUCGAGUUUCAGUCUCCAGUAAAAAAAUUUCCAUAUCAAAACUUGGAGAAAUAGCACAGGAGGCAUUCAAAAAUAAUAAAGAAAUUUAUUGGCAUGCUCGACUAACUCUAAAUAGUAAAGAGGUUGAGAUUCUUCUUGCUGAGAGGGGAAUUUAUUCGGGAAUAAAAAGCCAAGAAGCCAUUGAUAAGCUCGUUGGACUCUUGAUGGUUAAAGGAAUCCCAGUGGUAAAAGCAAUGGGUACUGGAGCACCAUUAACAGGUUCAGCAUUUGCAAAUACACUGGGACCAAUGUUUGGAAUUCCAAUAGUUAUUUUAAUAAUUAUUUUUCUUGCACUUCCGUACUUUGGAUACUCAUACACCCAAGUUUUAUCAAUUUGGCGAGAAGCGUAUGGGUCAGUACGUGAUGGAAUACGACCAGACGAUGGAUUUGCGCGGUUUGAAAAUUUACUUGAGGGUGAUGUACAGCUAUCUGGACCAAAUAUUUCAGACAAUGAAGAUGAACAAGACAAUAGUGCUGGUGGUAGUAGUGUAGGAGAAGGAGGAGGUAAACGCUUUGAAAAUCCAUUGUAUAGAUCAACAAGAAAAUCCACUGAGCAAAAGGAUUUACAAGAUGAUACUCAAAGCAUUAUCAAUAUUGAUAUUCCAGUAAGCUUAACUCAGUUAAAAAAUAAAGUUUAUUCAUCUGAAAAUCCUACCGUCGACUCGGAUUAAUUUAUAAUUCAAUAGCUAAAAUAUAUAGAUAGACAGAUAUAUUUUACUAUCAAUGUCACGCGAUCUUAUUAAAAGAGAAAGAGAAAGAGAAGAGAAUGAAAGAUAGGAAAUAUCGAAAACAGCAAAUAGGAAAUUUGAUAACUUGGGAUAAAUCGUAAACUUGAUAAAUAAUUAUUAAAAUAAAUUGAUUGAAAAAUAUUAAAAAAUAUUAUUAAUGACUAGCUAAAUAAUAAUUAUAAAAAUAUUAACAAUAAAUUAUCGUAAUUUUUUAAAGAAUGAAAAAUCUUGUUGCUUUGGCGUAAUAGUAUCAUUACGACCAGUAUUUAAGUACUUGGAGUUAUUCCAGGUACGUGAAUUAGAAGGUACAUUGAGAAAGUCAAGAAGGUGACAAGUUAAUCUCGGAAUAAUUGGCAUCAAAAUUAAUGAACCCACUCUAGCAGAUUCAAGACCAAGAGCUAAUACGGCUUUUAGUUUUUGUUGAGCUUCUAAAUUAUCAGUUUCUUUAGCUAAUGCCCAAGGUUUGUGGUAAUCAAUCAUUUUGUUUGCUGCAAAUAGUGUUUGCAUCACGACAUUAACAACAUGAUGCAAAUUAAAAUCAUUAUAAUGAUUUUGAGCCGCCAAAGUUACUGAUUCAAGACUCUCUACUAGUUUUAGUGCUUCAUUAGAAUUUAAUAUAUCUGAAUGACUCUUACAAGGCUCGGGAAUUAUUUUAUCCGGAUUUAAUGCUUUUCCCAUACAUCUACUUACUAAAUUUC